AUCGGAGAUAUGUGCUUUAGUUACGCUUUAACUUCAAUCUUGAGUGUUUCAAUUGCCACGUUGCUUCCACUUCCUAUUAAAUUUAUCUGCUUUGAACAAAAAUUAAGAUACUAUGAAUCGACCGAACUCGAAUAUCAGCAUCGAUGCUGAAGAAGAAAUCGUUAUCUCUGGUAUUGCUGGCCGAUUUCCUAAUAGUGACAAUUUAAAAGAACUCCAAGAAAAUCUUUUUAACAAGGUGGAUCUUGGUUCGAGUGAUCAUGAACGGUGGAAUAACACUUAUCAUAUGCCCCAUCGAAUCGGUAAAGUCAACAAUACUGAGAAAUUUGACUCAGAAUUUUUUAAUAUACCCGCCAUGGAAGCUCAUACAAUGGAUUCUAUGAUUAGAAUGUUACUCGAGCAUACUUACGAAGCAAUUAUCGAUGCGGGUGUGAAUCCCAAAGAAUUACGGGGAACAAGAACGAGUGUUUUUACAGCAAUUACUAUAGCUGAAACUCGUACAAAUUUUCUUUUUAAACCUUCUGAGUUUGCUGGGUCAUCCAUCAUUGGAAGCAACGUUUCUUGCAUGGCAAAUAGAAUUUCUUACUGGCUUGACGUUAUUGGACCAUCGUAUAAUUUGGAUACUGCAUGUAGUUCAAGUAAUGUUGCUAUAGUGAAAGCUUACGAGCUGAUUCGAUCCGGAGAAUGCGACGCGGCUAUUAUCGCUGGCGCCAAUCUAUGCUUCCAUCCUCAUACACAUUUACAAUUUUACCAUCUAGGUAUGUAUUUAUUAUAUCUUAUCAUAU